AUGGAGCCCCCUCCAUUAAGAUCAGAAGUGGAGCUUGCAAUGAAACAACUGAAGGAUGGCAAGUCCCCUGGCUACGACAACUUGACUUCCGAGAUGUGGAAGGCUACAGGUGAAGAAGGUACUGACCUGAUGUGGCGUCUCUGUUCCAAUAUCUGGAAUAGUAGGGAGUGGCCCAAGGACUGGUGUAGAGCUGUUUUUAUACCAUUGCCAAAGAAGGGAGAUCUGAAAAAAUGUGCAAAUCACCGAACGAUCAGCUUGAUUUGUCAUGCAAGCAAAAUACUUCUGAAGGUGAUUAGCAGAAGAAUGAAAAUCAAACUGCAAGCCGAGAUCUCAGAUGAGCAAGCAGGGUUCCGGGAAGGUAGAAGGACAAAAGAACAGAUUGUCAACAUUCGAAACAUAUUAGAGAAAUGCAGAGAACACAAACAUCCCCUCUAA